CUCUCUGCCUUUUCUCUCUCAUUUUCUCAUCCAAACACAUCGCACGCAGUAGAGAGAGAAACUGUGUUUUAGAGAGAGAGAGAGAAGAUCUCAUCAUCUUCUUCACAAUAUCUUAUUGUAUGGCGUUGUUUCUUUGAUUAGAUUUUCCCAAACCCUGAUCUUGUUUUCUCUCUCUUUAGAGAAAAAGAUCUGAUUUUUUUUUUUUAAUUUUUUUUUUGGUUUAACUUGGCGUCGUUGGCGAUGCGGAGAGGCAGAGCAGCCGCAGCGGCCAAGCAAGCGGCGGCGGCGGGGACUCCGCAGCCUGGAAAUGCCAACGGAUCUGGAGGAUCUCAGGAGAUUAGGUUCCGGGGAGUGAGAAAGAGACCGUGGGGGAGAUUCGCCGCCGAGAUCAGAGACCCUUGGAAGAAGACCCGGGUGUGGCUGGGCACCUUCGACUCCGCCGAGGAUGCCGCCAGAGCUUACGACGCCGCCGCUAGAACUCUCCGGGGCCCCAAAGCCAAGACCAACUUUCCGUUGCCGAUUAAUUCUCACAUACCCCCAUACCCACACCACCAAUUUAUUCAAACCUCAAAUCCCCACGACCCCUUCAUCGAUCCCCGGAUGUACAGUCAAGACCACCAGAUUAUUUCCCAGCGCCCCACCUCCAGCGGGAUGAGUAGUACAGUGGAGUCCUUUAGUGGGCCUAGGCCGCCUCCUCGGCCACAGACGACAACGCCGCCGGCGAUCCCUUCUCGCCACCAUCCCCGGUCGCCGCCGGUCGUUCCCGAUGAUUGCCACAGCGACUGCGAUUCUUCUUCCUCCGUCGUCGAAGACGGGGACUACGAAAACUUCGCCUCCUCUUCUUUCAGAAAGCCGCUACCUUUCGACCUCAACAUGCCGCCGCCGAUGGACGGCGUCGAUGCCGAAGCCAACGAUCUUCACUGCACAGCUCUAUGUCUCUGACGGACGACGGCGGCGCCGGCGGCUUCCUUAUCAUCAAUGGAAGCCAAAUUGAUUGCGUAGUAUUUACUUGAUUUUUUAUUUUCCUUUUUUUUUUAUUGCCGGAGAAAAAAGCUGGUGACAAAAGAAAAUCCCAAAUCAUCCUUUAGAGCUAAGAUUAAACUACGAUGAUAAAAGGGUCAGGUUAUGAGUCUGUUGUUUGAAGAGAAUUCACUUUUUUAAAAAUUUUAAUUUACUUCUGAGAUUAUAAUUCUGAUGAUAA